CUUCGUGAACGCGAGAGCGCGCGCCCGCUGGCUCCCGACUGCGAGGUGGAUAGGUUACAAGGGCGAACGCGGUCGCGCGCGCAACUUGACGGCGGCGAGAGAAGGCGUUCCGAGCGUGCGCGCGCCGGUCACCGGCGGAGGAGUGUCGGCUGGCUGCCUUCGCCUGACCGCCUCUCUCUAGUUCGUGGGGCUGGACGGGGAGCGGGGGGGUUGGUCUGCUCUGCUCUUUGCAACUGCGCAUGCCCCAUGGUGGUCCGAGGGGCGUUGUGGUUCUGUGAGAAACGCCUGACUGGACUGUUAACGAAGGAAGGCGCGAGCGGGUUCUCCUGCCACGCCCACUUGGCUCCCGGCGAGGGCGGGGCAUGGACUGGAUCAUGGAUUUUCCAGGGCACUUUGAGCAAAUCUUCCAGCAACUGAAUUAUCAACGGCUUCACGGCCAACUUUGUGAUUGUGUCAUUGUAGUUGGGAACAGGCACUUCAAGGCACAUCGAUCAGUCUUGGCAGCAUGCAGCACGCACUUUCGAGCCCUUUUCACUGUAGCAGAAGGAGAUCAGACCAUGAACAUGAUCCAGUUGGAUAGCGAGGUGGUGACUGCCGAGGCCUUUGCUGCUCUCAUUGAUAUGAUGUACACCUCCACACUCAUGCUUGGAGAGAGCAACGUUAUGGAUGUGUUGCUAGCGGCUUCUCACCUCCAUUUGAACUCUGUGGUGAAGGCGUGCAAACACUACCUGACUACAAGGACGCUGCCGAUGUCACCACCAAGUGAUAGAGUUCAAGAGCAGAAUGCGCGCAUGCAGAGAUCUUUCAUGCUUCAGCAGCUUGGACUAAGCAUAGUGAGCUCUGCCUUAAACUCCACCCAAAGUGCAGAGGAUCAGACAAGUUCUAUGAGUUCAUCAAUCCGAAGUAACAUAGAGCAACGGAGUACCUUUCCAAUACGGCGUCUACACAAACGCAAACAGUCUUCUGAAGAAAGGGCUAGGCAGCGCAUCCGACCUUCCAUGGAUGAUUCUAUGAUGUCAGAUGUUACACCAGAGAGUGCCCAAGCGGUGGUUCAUUCGCGAGAUGAAUUUUUUUCCCCGGACUCAUUGAAAAUUGUAGAUAACUCUAAGCCAGAUGGUGUAACUGACAACCAGGAAGAUAAUACUAUCAUGUUUGAUCAGUCCUUUGGUGGUCAAGAAGAUGCCCAACUGCCCAGUCAGUCGGACAAUGGUGGGGGUAAUAUUUCCCAGAUGUCCAUGGCGUCACAGGCAACUCAAGUUGAAACUAGCUUUGACCAGGAGACUGCUGCCCAAAAAAACAACUUUCAGUGUGAGAACACUGAAGUUGGUCUAAGUGAAAAAGAUCAUAUGAGAGUGGUGGUGAAAUCUGAGCCUUUGAGUUCCCCAGAGCCCCAAGAUGAAGUGAGCGAUGUGACUUCCCAAGCCGAGGGGAGUGAAUCCGUAGAAGUGGAAGGAGGAGGAGUAAAUGCUGAAAAGAUAGAACUGAGUCCCGAGAGUAGCGACCGUAGCUUUUCAGAUCCCCAGUCUAGUACUGAUAGGGUGGGAGAUAUCCAUAUCAUGGAAGUCACAAAUAACCUGGAGCACAAGUCUACCUUUAGCAUUUCAAAUUUCCUGAACAAGAGCAGAGCCAGCAGUUUUGGCACUAGCCAGAAUGAGGACAACAUUCCAAACACAACCAGUGACUGCAGAAUGGAUGGGGAUGCCUCUUAUUUAAUUAGCCCAGAGUCUGGGCCUGCUAACAGCCAUUCCUCUGCAACAGUCUCCCAUGUGGAGAAUCCGUUCAGUGAGGGCACAGACUCUCAUUUUGUUAGGCCUAUGCAGGACGUUAUGGGUCUUCCUUGUGUACAGACGUCUGGCUACCGGGGAGCAGAACAGUUUGGAAUGGAAUUCCCGAGAUCUGGCUUGGGGUUGCAUUCAUUAUCAAGGGCUGUGAUGGGCUCUUCCAGAGGCGGAGCGAGUGGCUUCCCCAGCUACCGCCGCAUAGCUCCCAAAAUGCCCGUUGUGACCUCCGUUCGGAGCUCUCAGUUACCGGACAAUGCUCCCAAUUCUCAGCUGCUAAUGAACGGUGCCACUUCCUCUUUUGAAAACGGGCAUCCUUCACAGCCUGGCCCGCCACAACUGACCAGGGCAUCUGCUGACGUUCUUUCAAAAUGCAAGAAGGCCUUAUCCGAACAUAACGUCUUGGUGGUGGAAGGGGCACGCAAGUAUGCAUGCAAAAUCUGCUGCAAGACGUUUCUCACCUUAACAGACUGCAAGAAGCACAUCCGUGUGCACACGGGAGAGAAACCAUACGCUUGUUUAAAGUGUGGCAAAAGGUUUAGUCAGUCGAGCCAUUUGUAUAAACAUUCCAAAACUACUUGCCUACGCUGGCAAAGCAGCAAUCUACCCAGCACUUUGCUUUAACUCUUUCCCUUAACCCCAUGAUGCCAAUACAGAUUUUAGUAAUGCAUGGAACACAAAAAAGCGAACACUUAAGGUGUGAUCGUGCCACACACAGAAAAAAAAGGCUUAGCUCUUUUUAAUACCUGUACCAUACCUACCUCACAGGGGUGUUGUGAGGUUUAAACAACUUUUUAAGUAGCGCUUUGAAAUUCUCCAGCUCUGUCACACAAGGAUCCCACGCAUACUUAGCAGUAAGGCCCAUUGAACUGCAUGGGACUUACUUCCAAGUAAAUGCAGACAGGAGUGAGCUGCACGAAUUAUAUGGAUACAAUCCUCAGUAUCAGUUCUUUGGUAGAAAAAAGGUAAAAAGAAUAAAAAGUGUAGCUAGCGCGUAAUUUAAGUAGCACGUUUCAAGAAUGAGAAAGUGAAGUGCAAACUUUUUAAUUUUUCUUUUAAGAAAUGUGAAAGCAUUUAUCUGUAAUAUAAAUUCCUACAUGGAGUGUAAGAACAUGACUAAGACUCCUUUAUGGUUGAAGAUUGCUUAUCUUGAAGAUGAAACCACCUUUGCACCUCAAAGUGCUUUGAAGUGCGCUAUAGAUUUAACAUAGUUUUUAGGGGUUCUGAAUGUAUUUUCAGUUGUUUUGCAGUAACUUACACUGUGUAAUGAAGGUGCUUACCUUGAGUCCAAUGCAAGUAACUUUUUAGACUGUCUGAUAUGUGUGUGUGUAUAUACUUUGAAUACAGCAAAAUCUCCUAGAUGUUUCAUAGUUUUCUUUUUGUAAAAUCUUGUACUGAAUAAGUGAAGUGUGUGUUAUGCUUGGUAGUGUUUCUAACCAAUUUGUAUCUCACGUGUUAAAACAACUCAUUAAGUCUUAAAUGAAGUCUGCUGUUAUUUCAAAAGUCAGAUCUUGUACUUUUAUUUUGCAACCUUCUGUCCUUUUUCAAAUGUUGCUAUUCAGUCUCAUCUGAAUUUAUUGUGCAGACUGUUUCUUAGAGAUUACUUUUUGUGGAUUUAAUGUGCAUUUCCAUACUCCUAUGCACUGAAGUAUUAAAACAGCAAUUUGAUUCGUG